UCCACCCCAGCCCGCCAUGGCGUCAGGCGCCGUAGCACCCGGGAGGUGGUUCCCACUUUAAGAAGUGAAGUUUUCCCCCCCUCCCCCUCCCUGCCCACCUCCUGCAGCCUCCCGCGGCGGUGGACCUGGCGGAUGGAGCUGCGCUGCGGCGGCAUGGGGAGCCAGACUGUGGGGCGCAGGAUGGAUGGGGACUGCCGAGAUGGCGGCGGCGGCAGCAAGGACGCCGGGUCGGAGGACUAUGAGAACCUGCCGACCAGCGCCUCCUUAUCCACCCACAUGACAGCCGGAGCGAUGGCCGGGAUCAUGGAGCACAUGGUCAUGUACCCGGUAGACUCAGUGAAGACACGAAUGCAGAGUUUGAAUCCAGAUCCCAAAGCCCAGUACACAAGCAUCUACGGAGCCCUCAAGAAAAUCGUACGGACUGAAGGCUUCUGGAGGCCCUUGCGAGGGCUCAACGUGAUGGUCAUGGGCGCAGGGCCAGCCCAUGCCAUGUAUUUUGGCUGCUAUGAGAAAAUGAAAAGGACUUUAAAUGCCGUUUUCCACCACCACGGAAACAGCCACAUAGCCAAUGGGAUAGCUGGGAGUAUGGCCACCCUGCUCCACGAUGCAGUAAUGAACCCGGCAGAAGUUGUGAAACAGCGCAUGCAGAUGUACAACUCGCCACACCGGUCGGCCCUCGGCUGCAUCCGGACGGUUUGGAGGACUGAGGGCCUGCGGGCCUUCUACCGGAGCUAUACCACGCAGCUGACCAUGAACAUUCCCUUCCAGUCCAUCCACUUCAUCACCUACGAGUUCCUGCAGGAGCAGGUCAACCCCCACCGGGGCUACAACCCACAGUCCCACAUCCUCUCCGGCGGGCUGGCCGGGGCCCUGGCCGCAGCCGCCACCACCCCCCUGGACGUCUGUAAGACCCUUCUCAACACUCAGGAGAACAUGGCCCUCAGCCUGGCCAACAUCAGCGGCCGGCUCACGGGCAUGGCCAACGCCUUCCGGACGGUGUACCAGCUCAAUGGCCUGCCCGGCUACUUUAAAGGCAUGCAGGCCCGCAUCAUCUACCAGAUGCCCUCCACUGCCAUCUCCUGGUCCGUCUACGAAUUUUUCAAGUACUUCCUCACCAAGCACAAGCUGGAGAAUCGAACUCCGUACUAAAGGAACAGGCUGUGGGCAGCGAUUCCAGAAUCUUGUAUUUUUAAAAGGUUUUCCCUGCCUGCUUCCCUUCCCGCGCCCUCACAGCGGGAUUAUUUUUGCAGGGUGUUCUCAGGGGGGGCCUUCCGUUCCCUGACACCUUGGAGAGAGAGGAGAGGAUGGGACAGCCGCCUACCAGAGGCCGUCCGCAGGGACAUCCGAGGUGGUAGUAGGGGGGGAAAGACUUUGGAAGGAAAGCGAGAAAUUGCUUUCUAUUUCCUCCCCUACGAGGAAUGUAGCUUUCCUGCUUCACUGUGGCAGGCCCCGCCCCUCGAAUCAUAGGUCACACAGUGGGGAAGAAAGUGUGCAUGACUGAAAACCAUGAACGCAGAAAGAGCACAUUAUGUAUAUAAAAGUUCUAGUACACAGUAUAAAAUGGAUGGAUAAUGUUUAUUCUUUAUUUUUCUACAUAGAGGUUUUUGGAUUUGUGUGUGUGUGUGCCUGUGUGUGUACGGAUAAGUGUGACAGCUAGGAAUACAAAGCUGAUUUUAAAAAAUGGAGGGCGGAAUUCUUCCAUUGGGUUAGAUAAAAAGGCACCAAAGUAAUAAAUUGCUAAAUGUGGCCUAGAGUUGUGUUGAGUUUCACUUGAAUGUAAAAUAAUAAAUAUGUUUAUAUUUUUGAAUUUCUCUUUUUAUGGGGUUUGGGGGAAGGUACAUUGAAAAAACACACAAAUAAUAUGUAUCUUUCAGCUAUUUUUUUUUUCCUUUCAUUCAUUCAUUACCUUCAUGUGCCUUUAGCCUUUGUCUUUCCUUAAAAUUCCAGGACCAGAGACCGGGCCCUGGGACAUUCUCUCUUGCUGUGGGCGCACACGUGUGCUGGUGACAGGAUCACUUGAAGGACAGUGGUCCCAGCAGAAUUAGAAUGACUGGGCUCCUUCCCGGGGACGGAACGUGCGCCUCCCUGGGCCAGCACUUGGAAGCCCGUGAAACGCCAGCGUCUGGCUACCAGCUGGGAUUAGUCCCACCAUUUCCUAGGACUUCUUUCCACAUCCCCCUUGUAACCCAGGCGCCUCUGGUGUUCUUGUUUGUGCUUUGACUAAAUCUCCUGAUCUCUUUCCCGGUGCAGAUUUAGGGAUUUGAAAACACAUAGCAAGUAUAUGGCAUUUGCCUCUCUCCCGCAGUGACAGGCGGCAGGCCCUCCAGCCGGCCCGGCCGCUGAAGCAAGGCCCAGACCCUCAGGCACAAGUCCAGGUGCCUCCGGAGCCUCCUUCAGCCCCGUAGGUCCUCAUCAGUGGAGAACACGAGGCCUAACUACCUUGUUCUCUGUGAUGGUGAGUCUGAGCCAGAUUAUCACGGAGAGAGGGCAGGCCUGUUCCUCUGGCCACGGCUCUCCAUUGGCUGCCAGACUUGCAAGGGAUGAGCUGAUGGCCUCCUUUCAGAGCCCGGCUUUUUUAAAGGGAGCAGAGCACAGGUGUGUUUCAUUCCUGCGGGCCUGGUCCAGCCUUCGCCCUUGGCCCUUGGCCCCAGGCAGUCAGUGCUGAGCCGCUCACUGAGGCGCAGACCCGGCUCCUAUAACUUCCUGGGAAGAACCCAGGUGGCGCUGGGACAGUUUCCAUCUUGGGACACUCGUGCUGGGAGUCUCAGAUGAGGGACAGGAGAGGGCGCUGGCAGCUCCCAUGUGUGCCUGUGAGCUGGGCCAUCCUCCUGGGUGGGGUCAGCUGCUGGCCUGUCCCAGCUCAGGGUUAACCAGCAUCUGCCCCACUGGGGUGCAAAAGCCCAUGGAGACCAUGUUGCUGUGGCAAGUGUUUACGACUCUCUAAACAUGUCCAGUGUUCUGUUAAAUUCUGUGAAUGGAAAAAACAGAUCGAAUUCUAAAAUAAUUACCCAACCACCCCUUUUGUCCACUUAUACUCACCACAUUGUUGCACAAUGUUUCUUAUUCCUUACAGGAUUUUGUUUUUGCUGUUAUUCAGAGAAGAAGCUGUUUACUUCUCUGGGAAAACCCCUUAGGGUGCGAGAGGCAAGGAGCAGACGGAGGGAGAGUUCAGAGCUCUGGGCUCCGGUGGGAGGACUGAUCCCCACUGUGUAGUGGAUCGCAUAGAAGUGGGGGUGAUGCCACCUGUCCUGCCUUCCCCACCGGGUCUCCCUGGGGCUGCAUGAGCACUACACAUAUACAAGUGAUCGCUUAUUUUGUGGGAAUUAAUUCCCCGGCUCUUCCUGAGCUCCAAAGUUUGUGCUGUUGCCUUGUGCCGACAGCAGUCCACUUGUUGAUCGUGACAUUGUGGUUGUGAAGUGCUAACUAGGAAAGUGCCCUCCCCGCCCCCAUGAUGGCCACUCAGCAUAACUGGCCUGCACUUGGUUGGUAGUGUCUUUGGAUUGACACCUGCAGGCAGCCAAUGCCUCUUGGUAUAAUGCACAGCUCUGAGCGAGUGUGCGCAUGUGUGUGUCAGACCUUGAUUGGAGAUUCACCCACUUGUUCAUCAGUUUUAUUUUUGAAUAAAACAUGGAUUUUUUUUUUCAAAUGGGAUAACAAUCCAGUCCAUGACUAGAUUUUUAAAAUUUCGGAUGAAAUCUAGGUAUUUACUGGCCUACAUCCUUUUGUAUGGUUUCUUUUUCUUUCCUUCUUUAAUGCUGAUGUCUUAUUCCCAGCCCUGUGCCCUGAAGGCUGCAUCUCCAACACUUUGUUAUGCCAGUAACUUUAUUUAAGGACGAUUGUGCCUGUUAAAGGCGAAGGUACUGCUGCUUCCUACCGGCUAGACACAAUGAAUGUAAUAAGGGUGUUACUGUAGUAAAUAUGGUAGUUCCUGCCUCAAUUGUUGCCCGCUGUUUGAAGGGGAGAAAUGUGUGUUCAUGUGUGGGGGUUCUGAUGUGCUGCUACAGUUGUAACACUGGAGCUAGAGACAAAUAAAGCCUUGGUCUUUGAA